UUUCGAACCCUAGCACUCCUACGCGAGAGUGAGCUAUUCUAGUUGCUCAAAAGGAGAGGGGGCUAUGACGGCAAGCGGGCUAUGACGGCAAGCGUGCUACCGAUCGAUUACUGCCGAAUCGGUGCAGAAUCAUCAUCCUUGCGAUAGGAAGUGUACGGGAACAAUCCGUCGCUGCAAUUUCAGGGACUCGCGAUGGGGAUUUCACCGCUACAGUGACCCUCCAUGGACAAAGCUUUCUUGUCGUGUCCAACCUUCAGCCAUCUAGAACCAGCCAGGGGAUUUCCAAGUGCGGUGCAGAGCUUCCGGCAACCAGGCGCGACGGCUGCAGAGACGCGAACGGAACAAGCCCUGGGUCCAUAUUAACUUCUACAGCCGCGAAGGCAGACAUAGUGCUUCGUGGAUAUUGCGGUUGGAACUCACGAUGUGCUCUUGAAGUUUUGGACAAAGUAUUCCCAAACGUAUUUUCAGCCAGGCAGUUCAGUGAAGUGAUCGGCCUACUGUAGAGCAUUGAUAUUGUAUAGUUCUACAUUAAUACGACACUUUGGUGGUGAAUAUGAUUAUUAACUCGAAGAGCAUUUGGUUUUUAUUCAAAGAGCUCCACAUGAAUCAGAUGAAAGGGUUGACUUUUAAAGAACGAUGCUUUUACUCUUUAUCUGUAUUUCAAAAUCUUGAAACAACCUCUAAAAAAGCAUCUGUCUCCUCAAUACAAACCUCUUCCAACACAAACGAACCACCAAAGAUCAAGAAACAGAAAUUUAUAUCACAUGAAGUGGCAAUUAGAUUAAUAAAGCGCGAGAAGGAUCCACAGCAUGCACUUGAAAUAUUCAACAUGGUAUCUGAUCAAAGGGGGUUUAAUCACAACAAUUCCACCUAUGCCAUUAUCCUCCACAAAUUUGCUUCUUGCAAAAGAUUUGAGAUGGUCCAUGCUGUUCUUCAUCAGAUGUCUUACGAGACCUGCAAAUUCCAUGAAGGCAUAUUCAUUAACCUCAUGAAGCAUUUCUCCAAGUUCUCUCUUCAUGAAAAAGUACUUGAGAUGUUUAAUUUCAUUGAACCAAUCGUACGUCAAAAACCAUCUCUUAAAGCCGUAAGCACAUGCCUGAAUCUCUUGGUGGAAGCCAACGAGAUUGAUAUUGCAAAGGAAUUUCUAAUACAUGCUCAAGAAAAACUGCAUUUUGAGCCGAACACAUGCAUUUUCAACAUACUGGUGAAGCAUCAUUGCAGAAAUGCAGAUCUUGAGGCAGCCUUUGAAGUGGUUAAAGAGAUGAGAAAGUUAGGAGUGUCUUACCCUAACCUCAUCACAUACUCAACACUCCUGGACGGACUCUGCCGUUGUGGAAGAUUGCAAGAGGCAAUUGACUUGUUUGAAGAAAUGGUCUCGAAAGAUCAAAUAGUGCCCGAUGCUUUGACUUACAAUAUCCUGAUAAAAUGGGUUUCUCAAGGAGGGGAUGUGGAUAAAGGUAGGAGAAUAUUGGAUUUCAUGAGGAAAAACGGGUGCCAACCCAAUGCCAUUAACUAUACAACCUUGAUGCAUGUUUAUUGUGAGCAAGGAAGGUUAGAAGAGUCCGAGACACUUUUUAGUGAAAUGAUGGUAUGUUUUGGUAAUAAAGCUGAUACGGUCAGUUAUACGGUAUUUAUAAACUGCUUGUGUAAAAGUGGUAGAGUUGAUGAAGCCAUAAAGGUUCUAGGAAAGAUGAACGAAAACAGUUGUAUGUCUGAUGAUGUGGCUGUUAAGGUUAUACUUACAGCUCUGUGCAGUGAUAGAAGGCACGAUGAAGCCUUAUAUUUACUUCAGAGGUUAUCUAAGGAAGGGGUAUACCUUAACAAGGAAUGUUACCGAAUUGUGUUAAAUGUGUUGUGCCAUGAAGGUGAACUGGACAAGGCUAUGGAGCUGUUGGGUAUGAUGCUGGGGAAGGGGUUUUGGCCCCAUCACGGCACUUCGAAUGAAUUGUUGGCCCGUUUCUGCAAAGCUGGAAAAGUUAUUGAUGCGGCGAUAUCAUUGUUUGGACUGGUGAACGUGGGGUUCAAGCCGGACCCUCAUACCUGGGGCCUAUUAAUAGACUUGAACUGCCGAGAGAGAAGGCUUUUGCCUGCAUUUCAACUGCUUGAUGAGUUGUGUUAUCAGUAGAGAGGAAUUGCACUUUUAAAACUUCUUCAUUUUGAACAUUUGGUAAGAAAUUGGCUGAGAGCAUUGUGAAUGAGAAACAUGCUGCAUGUGUGAACCAGGCAAGUGUACUUCUGUCCUGAGGCAUUGAAUCAGCUUAUGAAUGAGGACAUGUAUUGAUACACUUUGUGAACAUAUAUACUUCAUAAGUGAUUCGGAAGAGUUGCUUAUCAUCAAAACUAGGAAAUUCCUUUUGGAAGCUCUCACCGCUCAUGUCAAGGCUAACCAUGAAUACGAUGUUCCUGAAAUGAUGGCUCCGUCCAUAGACCAUAGUUGGUGGUAACCCCCAUGCCCCAACCUGGAGUGGUUAAGAUUUAAGAACAGUACUAGGGAGAACUGGAGAAGUGAUUAUUUAACUUCUGUCAUUGAGCAACAUAUUGAACCAACUCCAAUACAGUGGCUGCAAUUUUCUUAUGCAGUACUUUGAUCUCAUUAUUCCAAUAUCUCAUAAUGUUAUACAAGGAAUUUUGCUCGGUUUGAAGAUUACAUAAAUUGGAUAUAUGUAAUUUCUUUUGCUACAUUUCGCAAAGUGAGGUAAUAUUUGAAGGUUAAUAUCUAUAUUGGACUACUUGUUACUUGGAAUUAUUUCAGUUUUUAAUGAGACCAAAUCAUAUUUAAACUGGUCAAAUCAGAGUAUAAGACUACGUACUCACAUUAUUUGCU